CUGACUUCAUUAUGUUGUCUUUCUGAAGGUAGUUUUGGGUGUCCAAAUCUUAAAUGAGAGAGCAUUAAGAGAUCCUUCUGUUAUCAUCUUGUUGUGUGGGUAUGUAACAAAAGGACAAGAGAGACAAUAUAUUAGAUAAUAAGACAAUACAGAGACAAUAAAUUAAAAGUAAAAUAAAGGUGCUAUGAAUCGAGCAAACUCCUACAUCAACGAUGACGUUGAAGAAGAAAUCGUUAUCUCUGGCAUUGCUGGUCGAUUUCCUAACAGCGACAAUCUUAAAGAGCUACAAGAGAAUCUUUUCAACAAAAAAGAUCUUGGUUUGAGCGAUCACGAUCGGUGGCAUAAGUGCUUUAACAUGCCUUAUCGAAUCGGUAAGGUCAACAACAUAGAAAAGUUUGAUAAACAAUUUUUCGAUAUGUCCACCCUUGAAGCCCUGAUGACAGAGCCUACGGUCAGACUGUUAUUGGAACAUACUUACGAAGCAAUUGUCGAUGCAGGUGUUAAUCCUAAAGAGUUACAAGGAACAAAAACAGGUGUUUUUACAGCAAUUGCUGCCGAUGUGCAAAGUCAUUAUAUCCAUGCUAAAUCCGAUGUACGAUACACUCAAUUACUUCAUUAAUUUUUAAAUGUUAAUUAAAGUUUAUACAAAAGAACGA